AUGGCUCCUAAAUACAAGGACAAGGACGGCGGCGUUGUCCUGGCCUUCAAUGGCCAGUGGGUCAGCUGGUCGCACACCGUCGUCGCGUACACUGCCUUCAUCAGUGCCCUGAUUAUCGGUGUUGCACUCCACUAUCACAAGAUUGUCGAAAAUGAAUUUUACCGCUACCCUGACGAAUGGUUCCCCUCCGUCUCCGCCACUAUUGGUGAUCGCUACCCUGAGCGAUCUUUUUUCAUGAUUUUCAUUGCCAUUACUUCUGGUCCUCGUUUCGCCCUCGUUGGCCUAUGGUACCUCCUGACCCGCAAGCCCGGCACCAAGCUGCCAGGCUUCGUCGCCACCAUGGGUAUCCUGCGCACCUUGACCUGCGGCGGUUGGACCUACAUUACCUCGACCGAUGACCACGACUGGCACGACAUUCUCAUGAUCUCCUACAUUGUCGCCACACUGCCAUGGACCACCGGCUGCAUCGCUCUCAGCCCCAACAACCCUACGGCAAUCAAGUAUCGCAAGUACCUUGCCGGUGGCUUUUUCGGAACCCUGGUGCCUCUCAUUUACUUCUUUAUUCAGCACAAGGUUCACCGUGUUGCGGGAGCUUACACCGUCUACGCCUUUUUCGAGUGGGCAUUGAUCCUCUUUGACGUCGGUUUCGAUGCCGUUACCGCCAUCGAUUUCGAUACGUUUGAGAUUGUGGUUCGCGACGUCCAAGGCUCAAGCAAAGGUGACAAUCGUUCUGUCCCGUCCGUCGUUCUGGAAAAGGAAAAGGAGCAGGCUACCGCUGGCGUGUUUGCCUUGCGCUUUACCUGGACCGAAGCUCUCGACACGGCUGCUGAUGUCUACCACGGCUUUGUCUUCUGGUCCAUGCUCACUAGUCUUGGUCUUCUCGUUUGGUACUUCCCUCUCUGGCAUAUGGGCAUAUCCGGCUACGAAGCCUUUGUCAUGUCCACCAUUUCGCCUUUCCUGCUGUGCAUCGGCCCCUUUCGCUCACUCGUCGUCAACAACCUCCGCAUCGUCCACUUGCUCUCGCUUUCUGGCGUGGCUGCGUAUCUCGUUGUCGACCCUGUAUACCGUCUGUUCACCGUCGGCUUUGCUGUCGCCAUGAGCUGCCUCGGCUGGGUUGGCACGCUCUCUUCGGAGUCGAUUCACGAGGCCCGCUUCGAGUCCAAGAUCCUUGGUCUGCUGCUUGGUCUGAUUCUCUCCUCAACCGCCAAGUUUGCAUGGACUACCAACAACCCCAUCUGGCCUGUCAUGCAUGCUGCCAACGGCGGCUGGAACGGCACUGGUCUGGCCCUUGGGCUUUUGGCCGCGCUCCGCUUCACUCGCCGUGCUCCUCUGACCAGCGGCUCGUCGCCUGACAAGCUGCCUGGCUCCGUAUUGCUCUCUGCCUGCGGUAUUGGCGGUCUCUUUUUUGCUUUGCAUUCGCUUCUUUCCGACACCAGCACCAUGAUUCUGUGGGUGUGGGAAGGCUUCCCUAUCCGCGGGCCUUACUUUUCCACCCACGGAUGGUUUACGCUCGGCGCCAUGUCCGUUGGUGUCUUUAUCGGAAUUUCGCGCCCCAACUUGGCCGGCAGCUGGCUGACCUUUGGUGUCGGCUCUCUUGGAGCUCUUUUCCUGACGCUCUUCAGCCACUGGACCGGCUACUAUGGUGGUCUUGCGCUGACCGUGUACAUCAUGGCUGCUGCGGUGCCGCUCCUCUCAUCUGCCUCUAAGAAGAGCCCCGCGGCUACUUUCGGCUUGGGUUUUCUCAUCUACAACUUCAUGGUUCUCUUCCACGUUUGGGUUGUCGCCUACGCGUUCGUUCCCGGUGGCCCUCUCGUGCGUGAGCACACGGACUGGGUUAUGCUGGUCAUGAUGCUGCUCGUCGGUGCUGGUGUCCUCAACUACAACAGCUCCAAGCCCAAGCACCCUGCCCCUCGCCGCUCUUCCCCGUCGCAGCACAGAAAGUACAACAUGCUGGCUACCCUAGUCAUUAACAUUCUGUUCCUUUGCGCAGCUUUCAUGCGAUUCCCCACCAACGAUUACAAACCGUAUCAUGGCGAGGAUCGCGUGCUUACUGCCGGUAUCUGGACAAUCCACUUCUCCCUCGACAACGAUAUGUGGUCGUCUGAGUACCGUAUGCGCGAUCUCAUCAAGGAGCUUGAGCUUGAUGUCGUUGGCCUGCUCGAGUCUGAUCUGCAGCGCAUCAUCAUGGGCAAUCGCGACACUACUCAGUUCCUGGCCGAGGAUCUGGGUAUGUACGUCGACUACGGCCCUGGCCCUAACAAGCACACUUGGGGUGCUGCCCUGCUCUCCAAGUUCCCAAUCGUCGAGUCGAAGCAUCAUCUGCUGCCUAGUCCUGUUGGUGAACUUGCCCCCGCCAUCCAUGCCACGCUUGACGUGUACGGCGAGCUUGUUGAUGUCUUUGUCUUCCAUUCUGGACAGGAGGAAGACCCUGAGGAUCGUCGCCUGCAAUCUGAAUACCUUUCCAAGCUCAUGGGCUCGACGCCUCGACCGGCCAUCCUUCUGAGCUACCUUGUCACGAAGCCUCUGGAGGGUAACUACAAUACGUACGUCAGCGAGACCUCUGGCAUGCACGAUGUCGAUCCGAGCGACUGGGACCGCUGGUGCGAGUACAUUCUGUUCAAGCGCCUCAAGCGUGUCGGAUAUGCUCGUGUUAGCCGUAGCACGAUUACAGAUACAGAACUGCAGGUGGCCAAGUUUGUCAUUCCGCAGUCCGAGUCGGAGAUCCGCCAGAUUGAGGCGAUUCCUACCGAGGAGCGUAACCGCCGGGCCGAGGAGAGCGCAGUGCCGGUUGGCUGGAGGUUCCCGGCCAUGUUCUACGGCAACGGUGUGCGUGACCACCGGUACCACGUUUUUGAUGAGCCUCGAUACUACAACUAA